CGAACCCCUCUUCGUCUCGUAUUGCCCAGUGGAAUCAGGUGGGUUGAUCGGCGGAGAGCGCAACCGCAAGAAAGCCAGAGGGAUUGGGGCGAGAUUCCUCCCCCUAGUCGAACUCCCGUAUUCUGCAGACUUGCUCGAGGGGUUUUGGUUUGCGGCGAGAUUCGGCUAGAAGGGAACAUCGGAGAAAUAGCCGAGAAGAAGACGGCAAAGGAGAAGAAGUUCACCGUCAUCCUCUCUGAAUCAAGAUUCGAACCUUCCAUCCUCCUCCGAAAACAUAACAGCAAUUCUAAGAAAUUCUACUUCUUUUGAAUCUCUGCCCGCACAUGGGAUUUGUGAAGACAAGUUCACAAUUGAGCUACAUUAUGAUGGGCACAUGAAGUAUGUAUAUGAUGAUAUUGGUUGUUAUGUGAAAGGAAAGGUUCAUAAUUUGUAGCACUUUGAAUCAAAUGGAUAGCCACCUUCUCUACAAAAGACGUUAAUUGAACAUGAGGCUACUGAUUUUGGUUUGCAUAGGGAGCUAGCAGGAGUUGUCCAUUGAGUCAACUAGAAGGAAAUGUAAUCCCUUUUAUACCACCUAAUUUGGGGUAUCGGGUA